CAAUGCGACGGAGUGCAUGGAAGGCUUACCUGUCGUCGCCUGCUCGUUUUCAAUGAAUGUUUCAAGAUUUAUUCGUAGCUGAUCUAAUUGAUAGAAAGCAUCGGAACUAGUUUGCCGGUUGGUGUUCUCAGGCUGGCGGAUAGAAAUGUUCAGUAUUCUUUCUUUCAGGGGAAGCGCUACUGCAUCUGAAUACUUUUUUGGACUAUGGAGCAGCGAGCAGUAUGUAAGAGCGUCCAACAACAGUUGGCCUAAGGCGUUUGUGGCAGAAGAAUCUACUUGAGAGCAUUUCUCUGAAAUAGUUCGGCUGGAGAAAACGAAGAAAGGGAUGAACAAAACUGAGUUGGUAUGGUAGUUCCUGGUAUUAGUCAUGUACUCAAUUUGAAAAGGGAAUGGUACUCACUCAACAAACUCAUCUGGAUUGAAUAUUUUCGUCCGAUACAGCCUUCGGAAGCGGACCCAGUGCAUCAUUCCACGAGUAGGAUUGGCAUUUUUAAUUGAUUCCGGUCGAAAAUCCUUGGCGUACAUCCAUUGUGUGGUUGCCUUAAACUCCUCCUUUUCAUACUUCCAGCCGCGACCUAAUAGCACCAGAUCUUCACUUGCUUCAGUCGUAGAUUUCCAAACGAUUGAACCAUCCGUAGACGAGAAUGGUCCCCUGUCACUUGGCAAGAGCCCUUUUCUUCCGAAGCCCCCGCCAACCCAAUAUCUCUCGUUUUCGUCAAUUUCGACGAUGGUCUCCAUAGCAGUUCAAUAGGUACUACGUUCGUACUCAAUUUUCAUGCAUUCUCAUCGGCCAAUCCGGUUGCAUUGUCAGGUCAUAUCCAUUAAUCGUUGAGACUACUGUACAACGCUAUGCAGCUACUCCACAAAAGUUUGCUCAUCCAAUACGUUACUGUAUCGAGGAUUUCAGAAUCUUGGAGAAAUAUGGUCAUAACGGUACGUUGUACUCGUACCUUACGGUACCGUACGUAGAUUCAGGAGCUUACUACUGUAUUACUACUCCAUGGCACAAACAAGCAUGAUCAACCAGGCACAAGAAAAAUUUAAGGUGACAUUUUAAUCGAGUCCCGAAUUGUGCGAUCGAAUGAAUCAACAAUCAACAGGCUCUCAACAAACAGCGCCAUUAACAACACGAACUGCUACCCUCCUUAAAAAAGCUGCCGGUGGUAUGGUUUUGUUGACAGUCAAAACAUUCAGGCGCUGCAUUAUCCGGACCAAGAGCGAACAUAAUAAUAGCAAUACAGGACAAAAUAGUCCCAUUUACAAUACAAAAAUCACACAGAGAAUAUGAGUGAGUGUGUAGAAGUCUUGCAAGGCAUUCUUCUGCGACAAAAUGUCCCAUAACAAUGAAUGCGUCAGACGGCCUUCACCAUCGAGCGGAUUAUUCUCAUGAUUCUCUCACCCUUUGCCGUUCUAAAAAUCUUCAUUUUCUUCCUGUAAUUUAGGUCACGUAGGGGUGCCUAUCAAACUUUUGUAUGAGGCGGAGGGAAUGAAGGUCACUGCAGAGGUAGGUGAUGCGAAUAUCGUCGAUUGCGGUUCGAGGUUUUCCUGGGAUUAUGGUUAUGGCGUCAAAUUGAGUCCGGUUUGAAGGUGGAAAUGCAUUCAUUCUAACUGUGAUCUUACUCUACUCUUUAGAUGAAAAAUGGCGAGAUCUUUAGAGGGCUACUCUUGAGUGCAGAAGAGACAAUGAAUAUGACACUUUCAGAUGUUUUGAGGACAGCAAGAAAUGGUCAAAUAUCAAAACUUCCAAGUGUCUACCUGAGGGGGAGCAGUAUCCGAUUCAUUGCGCUUCCCGAUAUUCUCAAGAGCGCACCCGUCUUUCAGAAGGUUACGGCGAUGAAGAGGAAAAUGGAAAAAGAACUACAGCAACGCCAGGAGGGUAAGCCAAGAGUCUUGUGUCCCUUGCAGAUUUCUGGUUUGUUUUGAAUUUUUUCAAUGCAAAAAAAAAUUCUGAUAUUUUUUCGCGUCCCAUUUUAUAGCAGGAGGAAAGAGGAAACGAGGGGACUAAUUUAUCUGAUGAGUUGGUAAACUACUGAGCCGCUUCGAUGUCUUAUUUUGUACCAACCGUCGACAAAACAUUUGUUUCGACAUAAAUUCUUACAAAAACUAGUAAAGGGGUUGACCAUUCUGCUUUGUUAUGACUGCAUUCGCCCAUAUUCGCUGUAACUUUGUUUCAAUAUACUUUUAGCAGUGUGAAUGAAGUGAUCGUUCCCCCCCUUCUAACUGGGUAUCGUUUUAUUCGUCAAAAGUCUAGCAUCGUUUCAGCUAAAAUUUCUGU